AUGCAAGAUCUGUGGACACUGUCGCUGCAACAGCUGCCACAACGCCAAGUCAUAGUUUCUUGUGCAACAGAGAACCCGUCGGUACCAUCCUACUGCUUCCGCAAGACAAUGUUGACCAUAUUGGCUGAGAUUAUCAUCUCCUGUGUUGCUCGCUGGCUGACCCUCGCCUUGCCUCUCGAGCAGACAUCUCACAAUCGCCUCAAGUCUCUCGCAUGA